UCGAGCAGCAAUCCCUAACCUGUCCCGACGCCGCGUACUGAUGGCAUCGACGGAGGAGCAAGUCUUCCUGGGAUCGAGGAACCUUCCGUAUCCCGGCGCCAACCAUCCCGACGCUUGCGCCGACUGGGAUUACCCGGAAGACCCAGGCGACGGGCGGAAGGCGGUGGAGGCUGCCGAGCUCCAUGACCAGCCGGCGCGCAUGAGCACCUCAGAUUCAGAUCCAUGUGAAAUCGCGAGGCGUGCCUUGGACCUCAUGUUCCCGCGGGAGGAGGACAGCGAUGACGGCUGGAGCACCUGGAGUGCACGGGAGGAGGGCAGUGACGACGACGACGACGAGGUUGACGAUGGACAGGGAGGGAAAGGAGUCGAUGAUUGUAGCGCACAUGAGGGCGGCGAUUAUGAAGAAUACGACGGCAAUAUCCAAGUGGUACCAGCCAAGACAAACUGUCCAGGAGAGCUCUACCCCAAGAGCGAAGUAGAGGCCAUAGAUCGCAAAUGGGCAGAUAGGUUCUUCAAACAGAUUGUAGAACACGCAAAGCUGUGCGACGAGAUUAUGGCCCUGGGAGAUGAUGAUGAUACUCCUUUCCCCCCAUCUCCCAUGAAAGUCUUCCCUGAGGCAACAGGUUUAUGCAUCCUUGGGCUCAGAACCUGCCACCACCGUGUUUACAGGACCCAUGACACUUCUACCACCCCAUCAACUCUUGGAUAUCGCGAACCAAGUCAUAUGCUACAAAUUUUCUCCAUGCGUCUAUCAAGCUUUGAACCCACGUAUCCAAUUAGUGUCUAUGGAAUAUUCGCCAUAAGGGAUUACCUGGACCGGCGACGGAACUAUGUCUUUAACCGUCCCAGGGAUGAUGCUGUAACAAUUGAGAAGCAGGAUUCCUUUGUCGUACCACUUUGUAGCCCUUGUCGAGGAAUGUAUGUAUCGGAUAAGGCUUUAGUAGAAGUUGAUCUUUGGGUAAAGAAGGAAGGGGAUGAAUCAGAUGACAAGCAACUAUUUUCUGCCUAUGCUGAGAUUGAUGUUCGUGCUGAAGCUAAUGUCAUGUUUUAUACACGGAUUUCUGGUGAUAAUUGCAAUUUGGACUUAAAAUUCAAAGUCCUUUCAGAAAGUGUCGAGGCUGUAAUACAAGUAUAUGCAAAGGUUGACCAUCCUCACCAUGUCAGGUUCACUGCUUUUAGCACCGGAUAUGAUGACUAUCCUCAUCGUGGAGUUGUGCUGUUUGAUGACAAAUUAUUUGGUGACAAAAAAAUGUUCCAGCAUAUUGUUGCGGUGAAAGCAAAUGAAGAACUACAUGUUUAUUUAGAAGUGAACGGUUCAGUGUUCCAGUGGACUUUUCAAGAUGAACAUGUCGGAGCUGUUACUUCUCCUGAUGACUCAAUCUUUGAGUAUGGCCAGUUCUUCGUGAGGGUGAUAUUUGCUCCAAAGGAUUGUCAGUGAAGCUCAGCUCCAACAUUCUGACAGUGUCGCCAUUGGCUGAAAUCCUAAAGAUCAUGAAAAAGUGUUUGCUGCUUUUCUUGGUAUUGUAUAUGAGUAGCAGUUGAAUUUAUCCUCUUAAGCCCUCUUAGGCAGACAUCAGAAGUAUCAUAUUUUUAUAGCCUGAACCUCAUGAAAACAAGAGAGAACGUAUUGACCUUUAUGUGGCCUACCCUUGUAAUAUGACAUGUGGAAACCCAAACAUGUUCCUCUGUUAUCUUCUUAAUAGUUCCGCUAUUUUCAUUUUAA